GGUCCAGCACACCAUCACAAGAGCCGCCUAUUUUCACUGGCUUGACACUCCCACACAAUAUGUAUAAAAAGAGAAAUCCGCUGUGAUUUAUUUUAACAAAAGAGCAGUUCAUCAAAGGAACUUCUUGGUCUUAUUAACAGGAUUCUUCUACUUUCCAGAGUGAAAAUGGUGGAUUAUGAAGUGACCAUAUCAACUUCCUUUCUCGACAAUGCCGGCACUUCAGACAAUGUCUUCAUUAAGCUGGUGGGCAGAGACGGGAAGAGCGAACACACGAAACUCGAAGGAGGUUCAUCCUUCGCCAGAGGGGCAGUGUCUCAUUUUACCGUGUCCUGCAAGGACUCCAUUGGAAAGCUGGUCCAGAUACAGCUAAACAAACAGCAUUUCCCAGAGUUUCCAGAAGACUCUAAAUGGUGGCCAACCAAGGUGGUGGUGAAAUCCCCUGAGGGAGACACCUACAAGUUUACCAUCUGCCGCUGGAUCAAUGACUCUGAGGUGUACUGCUUCACAGAGGAAAGAGUUAAUAUAAAGUCUACAGUUGAAUCGGAGGUCAAUGAACGCAAAUGGGGCAAGACCUAUGCGGUGAACGACGACUAUCGCUGGAAUGACUCUGAAGAGGAAAUACCCCACCACCUGAAGGCUAAAAGCUUUGAGGAGCUGCCUCAUUCGGCCAAAUUCUCCUACAUCAAGAACGCCGAGUUUAACUACACGGCACUCACUGGUCUGGGUUCGCUAUUAUUGGAGUUACUCUCUGAUUCCAAGGAGAGCUGGACUGAUAUUGACGAUAUCAAGGGGAUAUUCUGGGGCAAAUACCCUGACAUAUCAGACUACGUCCAGAAACAUUGGAAGGAGGACGCUUUUUUUGGCUACCAGUAUCUAAAUGGUGUCAAUCCCAUGAUGAUCCGGCGUUGUUCGGCUCUGCCCAAGAACUUUCUUGUCACUGACAAAGCGGUCUCCCUCAGCUUGACAGAUGAAAUGAAGAAAGGCAACAUAUUCCUGUGUGACUACAAGAGUUUGGAUGGACUGACACCAAACACCAUCCAUGGGAAGAAGCAGUACUUGAUGGCUCCCCUGGUCCUGCUCCACAAAACACCUGACGAUAAACUGAUGCCGAUUGCUAUUCAGCUGAAACAGACUCCAGCAGCUGACAACCCCAUCUUCUAUCCUACCGAUUCUGAGUACGACUGGUUGACGGCCAAGAUUUUUGUGAGAGGAGCAGAUUUCAACGAGCAUGAACUCAAUGUUCACCUGCUGCGCACUCAUCUGCUGGCUGAAGUCUUUGCAGUGUCACUGCUGCGCAACGUGCCGGAGGGGCAUCCACUGUACAAGCUCCUCGUACAUCACACUCACUACACGCUGCAUAUCAACUACUUGGCUCGAAAUAAACUAAUAUCGGAGGAGGGAAUUAUCGAACAGAUUGCAGCUGCUGGUGGAGAUGCUAUGAAGGAAUUCCUUAAGAGAUCAACGGCCUCACUGACCUACAGCUCCCUCUGCAUACCAGAGGACAUUGCUGAGCGAGGGCUGAAGGAUGUGCCAAACUUCUACUACAGGGAUGAUGGACUCAAGCUCUGGGAUAUCAUCCACAGGUUUGUGCAGGGAAUGCUCAGCUUCCACUACAAGAAUGAUGCUAGGGUCCAGAAAGACAAAUCACUGCAGAAGUGGAUUUCGGACAUUUUUGAACAUGGAUUCCUUUCCCAAGUAGGCACAGGAAUUCCUAAGCGCUUCACCACCGUGGAUGAGUUGGUCAAGUUUGUCACCAUGGUGAUCUUCACUUGCUCAGCACAGCACUCGGCUGUGAAUGCUGGACAGUAUGACUAUGGUGGCUGGAUGCCCAACACUCCCACCACCCUGCAGCUUCCUCCACCAACCGAAAAGGGGAAAACAGACGAGGCCAGGAUGCUGCAGACAUUGCCUGACCAGGGCACGACAGCUAACGGAAUGUCUGCCAUUUGGCUACUUAGCCAGCCAUCCAAAUAUGCCGUCUUUCUUGGUCAGUACGGGAACGACCAUUUCAGUGAGGAGAUUCCCCGCAAGCUGAUGAAGCUUUUUCAACUAGAGCUUCAAGCGUUAAGUGCAAACAUCAAUAGCAGAAACAAGAAUCUGAAGGUCCCAUACACAUACCUGGAUCCUGUUUCUGUGGUAGAAAAUAGUGUGUCCCUUUGAAUGUCAGAAGGUGUGACCUCCUCAGCUGUUGGCCAAAUUCAGCUACAUAUAAACAAAGUGGGAAAGGGAAGUUCUGUUCUGUCUGUAAUUUCUUUACAGCUUAAUUGAAUUAACCGUGGGGAAAAUGUUCUGUUUUAAAUCAUAAUCCACAUCUUAAGUCUUCUUCUUUGUUUGUCAAUGGAUAUACGGGGCAUCUUAUCAAAAUGAAUCACUGUGGGAAAAAUAUUAUUUUGCAUUAUGAUUGUAACACUUUAGAAGUAAACUGUGCCUUUUGACUUAUUGUCAUAAUGAAGUAUAAACACUUGUAGGGACCUAUGUUUUGCUAAAUUUACCAUAUGCAGUGUAAUGUAUCUGUGUGAACUGUGUGAGUCUUUCCCAUUGGUGCUUUUAUACGGCUUGACUCCUCUCCUCGACUCCUCGACUCGUGUCUUAGUCCCGCCCACGGGAGAUGCGAGCGGAGGAGGCGAGGAAAAGACUCGAGGAGAGAGGAAACGAGGAAAUAUGUUUUUAGAGACAUGAGACGUCGUUUCCUCUGAAGCGUCAUGUGAAGCGACGUCCGUUUCUGAUGACAGCAGCCGCUGAUCACAGCUGGAUCAGCUGUCAGUCAGCUUCAACAGCUGUUGAUGUCUGAUGUUGUGCCUUCAGUUUUGGGGAAGUAGCGCCCCCUCCUGGGCCUUUUUAUUUCUCGCUUAUUUUGACAUGCACUUUGACCCGGAACCGGAAGUCGGCAUUUUAGUUUCAGAAUGCAGCCACAUUUUCGCUAAUUAGUCUC